GUUAGAAAGGGAGCGCAGGAACUUCUGUGGAACAGUUGGUGGUGAAAUCACCCAUAUUGACCUUAAAUGACUCCGUUUAGAUAUCGAUGUUCUGGUGUGAGCAUCGAGCCUGCAACGGAAACUAAACGACCCAGACACAGUAUCGAUCCGCUCGGGCUGCGUAUAUAAAGGGCUGAGUCCGAUAACUUGAGCUGUGGUCACACACACACUCCUCAGUCUGCAGCUCAACCGUCUCCAUUUUGUUUCUGCAGGUCCUCUCCAUUCCAACAUGUCCCAGUCAGUCCUCGACAUGAUGCCCGGAGCCUCGACGGGGACCGUGACCGUCACAGACCACCUGAACUUCUGGGGUGGGAAGCGGGUGAAACCCAGACAGGAGAUAAACACUGAGCCCGUGUUCGAACCUGCGACGGGCCGGGUCUUGUGUCAGAUGGUGCCCUGCGGGGCUGAGGAGGUGGACGAGGCCAUCAGGAGUGCGCACGUUGCCUACCUGAAGUGGAGCAAGAUGGCAGGCAUGGAGAGGGCACGGGUGAUGCUUGAGGCCGCCCGUAUUAUCAGGGAAAGAAGGGAGAAGAUUGCAAAGCUGGAGGUGAUCAACAACGGCAAGUCCAUCACUGAAGCACUGGUGGAUAUUGAUGUUGCCUGGCAGUGCAUUGAAUACUAUGCUGGUCUGGCUGGUACACUUGCAGGCCAGCACAUCCAGCUUCCCGGGGGAGCGUUUGCGUACACCAGGCGGGAGCCCCUUGGCGUGUGCGUGGGAAUCGGUGCGUGGAAUUACCCCUUCCAGAUCGCAUCAUGGAAGUCUGCUCCUGCUUUGGCAUGUGGUAACGCCAUGGUAUUCAAGCCCUCUCCAAUGACUCCCGUGACGGCCGUCAUUCUGGCUGAAAUCUACAAAGAGGCAGGCGUACCUGAUGGGCUUUUCUGUGUGGUGCAAGGCGGAGCAGAGACCGGCACCUUGCUCUGCCAACACCCGAUGGUCGCCAAAGUUUCCUUCACCGGCAGCGUGCCAACAGGCAAAAAGGUCAUGGAAAUGUCUUCUAAGACGGUGAAGCAGGUGACUCUGGAGCUUGGAGGCAAAUCUCCCCUCAUUAUUUUCAAAGACUGUGAGCUGGAGAAUGCAGUGAAGGGAGCGCUCAUGGCAAACUUCCUCACACAGGGACAGGUUUGCUGCAAUGGAACCAGAGUUUAUGUACAAAGAGAGAUUAUGACCAAGUUCCUGGAGGAAGUGGUGAAAAGGACCAAGGCCAUCCCUCUGGGUGACCCUCUGCUGGAUGGCACUCGAAUGGGAGCACUUAUCAGCAAGCCGCAGCUGGAGAAAGUGCUGGGAUUUGUCAGUGAGGCCAAGAAGCAGGGCGCCACAGUUCUUUGUGGAGGAGAACCUUUUGUCCCCAGUGACCCCAAACUAAAAGGAGGCUACUUCAUGUCACCCUGUGUUCUUGAUAACUGCAGAGAUGAUAUGACCUGUGUGAAGGAGGAGAUUUUCGGGCCGGUCAUGUCGGUCAUGCCUUUCGACACAGAGGAAGAAGUACUCAGGCGAGCCAACAACACCACCUUCGGAUUGGCCUCUGGAGUCUUCACCAGGGAUAUCUCUCGAGCCCAUCGUGUAGCUGCGAACCUGGAGGCAGGAACCUGUUUUAUUAACAACUACAACAUCAGCCCUGUGGAAGUGCCGUUUGGUGGAUACAAGAUGUCAGGCUUUGGCAGAGAGAACGGCCAGGUGACAAUCGAGUACUACUCCCAGCUGAAGACCGUGGUCGUGGAAAUGGGUGACGUCGAGAGCCUCUUUUAAACCUUCCUCACCGAUUUGAGGCUGCUGUGCUGGGACUGUGACUAACACUUCUCCCUUCUCCCUUUAGUCAUGUACUAAGCACCGGAAAUGUUCAAGUACAUGUAAUACACUUCUUUGACCUGCCUAUGAUUGCUUUAUCCUGCCCACCUGGAGAGGCAUGUUACCAUGAAACAUGUACUUCUUACCUGUUCACAAUCAGCUCAACUUUUAACCAACAAGUGACACUGGUUUAGUACUGAACAAAUAAACUAAGACAGGCAAUCAUGUACUAAUGCACUAUUGUACAAGAACAUAUACUGGUGUGUAUGUGGAAGAAGAACCAAGAGCCUUAAUGAGAAACUAUACAGUAAAUCAGCAUUAGAAGAAAAGAUUUUCUGCUGUUUUCUAAACUGUGACACUUUGACAGCUACUGCCUUUGCACCAAAAUAAAAUCUUUUAGAUACAAA